UCGUGCCAAACAGCCCUCGACAACAUGGAAGUACACGUGCAGCAUGACCUGAACCCUGAACCUCUCCACUUCUCCCUCUCCACAGAAAUCCAUCCACAGUUCCCAUAUCCCAAUCCCUGUCUUCCCCUCCCACUCAUUCCGCCCACAGCUCAGCCCAUCCUCGAUCCUCGUCAUUUUGCUUCAUCGCACCAUCAUGCCUAGUAGCUCAGAAAGCCGAUAUAUCAGACUUGAAGUCAUCAGUGGAAAGAAUCUUCAAGUCCCUUCUGGGCGCAUUCCCGCUGGCAUCUACGUAUCCAUCAAUGGCGACUCCCAGAAACGUUGGAAAUCGGCCAUCAAUGUCCUAUCAUCUGAUCGAUCUGUAGCGUGGGGGGAUACUGUGACUCUAUCAUCACAUGCCUCACCUGCACUAUCAAUGGAGAUCAGGGCGUCCUAUGAGGCCGGUCGAAUGCUAGGCAAUGGAGAGGUCAUCGGGAAACUUCAAAUGUCGUGGGAUGAGCUGCUCGAUCAUGUAGAUGAGCCAUUCGAUCUAUCCUUCCCACCUGUUCGUGAUGUCCACCCUUCCCUCACGCUGAAGGCCGCCGUUGUACACGCUUGCGACGAUGAGGACAGCGCACUGUCUGAUUCCCUCAUAUACAGUGAGAUCACUCGAGAAACAGAUGCGGGCCACGCACGACUUGCCGAAUACGUGACAAGCGAGACGGUCUCUCACCUGAACGAUGCUGUGCAGCAUUUUCAGUUGGUUCUUGAACAGUGUCCAGUCGGCCAUCCUGAUCAUGCAGCAGCUCUCACCAACCUCGCGUAUGCCCGCCUUCGAGGCUAUAUUCAAAACCAUCUUCAAGACAUCGAUACCGCCACUUCCCUCUUCCGUGAAACCCUUGCAUUGCGUCCGCAGGGUCACCCCGAUCACGCAUCAUGCCUCUAUAAUCUCAUUACAGCAUUGAACUGGCGCUACAGCAAGGAGUCUACCGCCGCCUACAUUCACGAAUCUGCGCAGCUGUGCUGCAAGCUACUGCCCCUCUGUCCAGAGGGCACCUGCCUUCGUAGCAUUGGCGGAGACAGUGCGGUCAGUUAUGUGAUCAGCAGUCUUCCAAUCGACGCAUACGAUGGAGGAAUCCACCUUCGACGAAACAUGGUCGGGCUCUGUCCUGUGGGCCAACAACACCGUCCCAAAGUACUUCAUAACCUUGCAUGGGCUCUCUCUAUACGCUUUACACAAUGCGGCAACAUUGAUGAUAUAGAUGAGAGCAUUCACCUUCGUCGUGAAGCCGUUUCUCUGUGCCCUGAGGGACAUUCUGACCGCAGUGGCUACCUGAACAGCUUGGCCCUCUCACUCGUGUCCCGUUUUAACCACCAAGGCAAACCUAAUGACCUCGACGAGGCCAUUUAUUUGUAUGAAGAAGCGCUGCGUCUGCGCUCUGUUGGGCACGAAUAUCGUGAUCACUCAUUGGACAGCCUAGGAGGCGCCCUUAUCGCCCGUUUCAACAAACAUGGUGACAUUGAUGACAUCACCCGAGCCAUCAGCCUCUAUCGCGAGGCACUGACAUUGCACCCGCCUGGGCAUCCAGGUCGUGACACCACGCUUAACAACCUCGCCCUCGCGCUCAUAACCAGACAUGACAAAUUGGAUGUCAGCGAGGAUCUUAACGAGGCCAUUGAUCGGUAUCGCGAAUCUCUUCGGUUAAGACCGCUUGACCAUCCAGAUCGUCAUAUAAAUCUUUACAGUUUGGGCUCGGCGCUCUGCUCUCGUUUCAUGCACACUCGGGAGAAUGAAGAUGUUGAGGAGGCCAUUGAUCUUUGUCAAGAAUCAUUGGAGGCUUUGCCUUCACUGCACCCGGACAGACACUACUCCUAUUUCAGGCUACGGGCAGCCUAUAUGUCUCGUUACCAGACACAGCACGACCCCGCUGAUUUAUCACUUGCAGUGGAGAACUUCAGACUGGCAUCGCAGCACCCCACUCAAGGAUUCCCAGAACGCAUCUUGGAGGCUAUUGACUGGGCUCGCCAAACAGAAGUCUAUCAACAUGAAUCUGCCCUCGAAGCAUACCAGAUGUGCUUUGAGCUUUUCAACAGCCACGUGAUGACGCGAUCGUCGAUUACCUCACGGCGAGAGGCUGCAACCGCUUUUUAUGGUGCACAAUCACUUCCUGUAGAUGCAGCCUCAUGUGCGAUACGUAGUGGCAAUCUACGACAGGCGAUUGAACUUGUGGAGCAGGGCCGUGGCCAGCAGUGGUCGCUGGCUUCUCGGCUCAGGACUCCGCUGGAAGAUCUGGAGUCUGCAAGUCCGCAACUGGCUCAACAGCUCUCGGAGCUCAGCAAGCGCCUAUCUCAUGCUCAGGGUUCUGCAGGCAGCGCUGACCCAGCUGCAGCUGAUCGGGCAGCAACAAAAUAUAGGAGACUUACAAGGCAAUGGGAAGCUGUGGUAGCUGAGAUACGUGAUCUCCAAGCGUUCUCGCGGUUCCUGCUCCCACCCUCGUACGAAGAUUUGCAAGCGGCAGCACGACAUGGCCCGGUCAUCAUCCUCAUUGCCAGUCAAUAUUCAUGCAGCGCCAUCAUCGUCCCGACGUCAGGAGACCCCCAUCAUGUUUCCUUGCCGUCUGUCUCUCUCACAGAACUGAAUAAUCUCAAAGAUCGCUUCGCCAGGGCAAUACGACACGCGUCUAUCAUGGGCCCAAAAGUACCGCGUAACGAUCUAAUAGUCCUCUUGCGGACAGUAUGGGACGCGAUUAUGCUACCCAUCGUCAACGUACUCGAGAACGUCCUCAAACUAAAGCACCGCUCUCGAAUUUGGUUGUGUCCAACUGCAGCUUUCACGUCUAUUCCUCUCCAUGCAGCUCACCCCUUUCAGACAAAGGCAGAUGGCUCCAAGGAGCCAUGCCUGGAGGAUCUCUACAUCUGUUCUUACACACCGACACUUUCGGCUCUGGUCAGAUCUAGACAGAUGAUGAAGAGGCGUGUCACUCCAUCCUUCGCGACAAUCGGACAAGGUCAACCGGGUGCAGGGAAGGGCAAGGCCCUCUUGGCUGUGGACAGCGAGCUCGAGCUUGUCCAGAAGUUCGUUCCUGCAACUGCCACCCGUAUCACUGUUUCUGGCGAUGAAGCAACACAAGCAGGUGCACUCCAAGCUUUGGAAGAGAACACAUGGGUGCACCUCGCUUGUCACGGCAAGCAAGACCCUACGCAGCCUUACAAUUCUCAUUUCGUCAUGAGAGAUGAACAUUUGACGCUGCUCGAUGUAAUGGACAAAGAUAUUCCGCACGCCGAGUUCGCGUUCUUAUCAGCGUGUCAUACCGCCGUCGGGGAUGAGGAAACUCCUGAUGAAGUCAUUCAUCUUGCAGCUGGUCUCCAAUUUUCGGGGUUCAAGAGCGUCAUUGGCACGCUGUGGGAGGUCAACGAUGCUGUCGCAAAACACGUCGUUGAAGCGUUCUACAAAUAUAUGUUCAUGGAUUUGAAGGAUGGUGCCGGUAUUGUCAUGGACUGUACGAGGGCGGCCUGGGCCCUCAACCGUGCUACACACGCCGUGAAGACGAAAGUGCCGCUCGAGCAGAGGAUGGUUUUCAUUCAUAUUGGUGUGUAGUUCUACGUCGUAUUGCUGUCGUCUGGUAUAUAUUCACAAGUUGUUGAUCUGCGAUCCUCUUUCAUCCUGAUGUUUGUAAAAAUGACCCUGGUAUUCUUGCACUCCAGCUAUCUCG